CGGGUUUUCACGUCCGGUCUCGCGCUACAGUCAUCUUGUCCACCCGUCCCUUGCCUCCCUGUUGCCUCCCGCUCUCCCGCCAUCCCCCAGCUCUCGUCGUCUUCAAUGGUCUCUCCGCUCUGGAAAGCUGCUUCAGAGGGCCGUCUCGCCGACCUCGACGAUCUGCUCGCCAGCGCCACUGUCGUCGAUAUUGAAGUAAAAGACCAUACUGGUGCUACACCCCUCAUCGAGGCCGCAAAAAACGGCCAUGUCGAUAUAGUGUCCCUCCUUCUUGACAAAGGCGCCGACCCAAACAACACCUCGAACCAUGGGCCACCCCAGCAGUAUACUUCGGAUCCAGCCAUUCUCCAGUUGAUUACUGCUGCGCAAGCCAAGGUCGCCUCCCAAAAUGCCUACCAGGAGAACGGAUAUAAUCAGGAUGCCAACGGUGACGCUCCAAAGGCCCCAUACUAUCCUUCCUCGUACCCAUACUAUCCCACUCUCAAUUCGGCUCCUCCCAUGCCUGAAGGCACUGCCUAUUACCCGCCGCCACCAUCGUCUGCUGAUGGUAUAAUUCCCGGCGGCCCGGGUAAUCUCCCCCCGCCAGACAUCGCGCGCUUCAUCCCGUGCAGGUACUUCCCUGCGUGCCGGUAUGGCUCCUCAUGUAUGUUUUUGCAUCCCCAAGGUCCAUACUACCAAGGUCCUAUGUCUUCACCAGGGCAGUUCCCGGCGCCCUACGACCCCAUGACGCAGCAGCCCUACCAACCAAGCUACUAUCCAUUGCCCCCACCUUCUUUCCAGCAGCCACCGAACGGUGUGCCCGUCAACGCGCUCGGUACGCCUCCUCCGAUGAACCAUGGUCGUUCUCCAUCUGAGAUGGGCCCACUGCCAGCCCAUUUCAGUCCUAACGGCGCGCCUCCUCCUUUGCCAUACGGUCCUAUGUCCCCCAUGAUGUCUCCCUCCGCCUAUCCCCACCCAAACCAGUUACCGGUGCCCAUGUCUAUUCCUCCUCUGCCUCCUCUUCAACAUCCAUUACCCCCUCCUCCGGGUCAGUCUCCUCACACCGUAUAUCCCGCUCUACCUCCAGCACAUCCAUUUGCGAUGCGACCCGAUGGAACAUCUUUCCCGCCUCCGCCGGCUGGAUCCGUUCAUUUCCCGGAUGUAAAUGGCACGGCAACAUCACCCUCUCUCAAUCCCCCGCCUGAUUCGUAUGGUCCCAGCUCAGCUGGUCGUGAGAGCUUUGCACAUCAGAGGCGCGGGAGCGCACGUCGCGGGUCUUUUGCAGGUCGCAAACCCCCAUGUUUGUUCUUCCCAUCUGGAAGAUGUAAAAAUGGCGAUGAAUGUCGUUUCCCGCAUGUAUUGCCUGAUGCAUCACAGUAUUUCUCCAGCUCGCGAGGUGGCGGACCCCGGCCCCGGGGCAGCCAUGGGGCAAAUGGCUUCGCAACCAUCGAUGAGAAACUUGCCGGAUUGUCAAUUCGUGAUGAUCAGGCACCGCGUUAUCAAAAUGGCGAGGGCUCUAGUAGAUCCCAGUCUACCGAUGCUGGGAACCGCCCAAAGUACUCUCAAGGGUACAAGAACGGCACGAAUGGGUUUCAAAAUAAUAAGCGGGUCUUCCAGCAGGUAAAGCAACGUCUUCCCAGCGCCGACGACUUCCCGGUGCUCGCCGGUUCUACGACGCCACCUGUGCGGAGCCCGAAUAACGGGUCGCUUUCUACACUGAACGGCAUCGCGGGACCGACGGCUGCACAGGUGCUACAAGCCCCAGCCCCUACUCGUCGGGACAAUACCAAGGAAGCUUCACGCAACGUGACGCCUGACCUAGUUCAUCCUGCCAAGGAUUCCGAGUCGAGUCCUAAGGAUACUUCUGAAUCCCCACUUGUACCGGCCACCAAGCUUCCUGUAUCAUUCGCGGCUGCUAUGGCUGCGCCGGACAUUGUAAAAGAAGUACCUGUUUCAGCCUAAAAACCAUCGAUGUGCGGUUUACAAACAUCUUCGUCGAUGGAUGCUUCCAGCAAGCCAUUUUGUUUAUUUCUCAAGUUGUUAUUGUAUUCUUGGGUUGCCUGGUACUGUUCUUCUCACUAUUUUCUCUUCGCAUCUAUCCUCGUCAAUGAUCUGUCCUCCGCAUCUAACACCUCACGCACAUAUCACAUCACGCACAGUUUUGUCCCGCAUCGUCAUUGGUUACUCUUAUUCGCCUCCUUGUGUAGAUAUAUAUUAUCUUGCGCUAUUUUUCUUCUGCUUUUGUUUUCUAUUAUGAUUCCUUCACAUCCUAUAUAGCUGCCGCUUUACACGUACAAACAUAAAACUACUUACUACAGGUCUACUAUUAUGUCGGACGUGCUUACCCCACCAUCGCUCUUUGCAUGCCACCCCAGUCUGGAUGUGUUUUUGGUUGUCCUUGCUGUACCUGUGAAUUAUAUAUCGGAUG